AUGAAUUGGAAUCGAUUUUUCUCAAACGUUUGUAAAGUCAAUGGAUUACUUGCGUUAUAUUCAAUUUGCUUUCAUCACAACGACAUUCAAUUAUUAACUAUUUCUCUUGUUUCACUAAAUCAAAAUUAUCGACACAUUUCACUUCUUCUCUUCAGUUUGUCAACUGAGUUAUCAAAAGUGAACAUGAACUCAAAGAAGAAAACUGGUACAAACCGUCUUCCGGGUUUAUAUCAUCCAACUCUACUACGAUCCGAAGUUGAGUAUAAACGUGAAAUUAGUCGUAAACAUGCACAAAUUGAUAAGGACAACACCGACACUAUUCGACGACGCAACGCACAUAAUCACGUCUUCGUUUAUAGUUUACUAUCGAAACGUCAUCAAUGGUACGAUGCUGAUAAGUCCUUUCGAGAUACAUGUCGAAUAUCUUGGACUCAUAAGCCAGAUAAACAGUCUGUUCGAAAAAGUCGUGCUUUUCUGCCCGAUAUUUAUCCACCAAAAAGUACAUCACCAACAAUCGUUUCGCCAUUGCAUCGUUUUGAUGGAAUCGAAGAUACCGUUCCGGCGGUAGCAAAUGAAAGAAUCAAACAGAACUUUUUUCUCUAUCAACCGGUUCUGUUAGAAAUCGCUCUUGCGCCACACUCGUCACGAGUGAUGGGUCUUAAAAACUACGCAAUAGCACGAAAACAAAGUGCUUAUAGACGGCAAACACAUUUACAGGAAACAGCAACAGAAGACGAUCGUUUCACACAACUGCUUGCGAUAUUAGAAGACAAUUGA